AUGGCUCCUUCUGCCCGGCACCCCACAAAUCUGGGGCAGAUUAUUGAGUAUAUUCCAGACCGUCUCUAUCUCGCAUCCUACGUCGAAACCCCCGAUGCCAACACCGUCUUCCCCUACCCCGACCCGCCUCCGCGCUCGCCAAGCAAGAGGUCGCAACGGACUCUCGAGUCCCCCGCGCCAACACACAGCCAAAAGCAGCCCUACUACUUCACCGUAGACGACACUCUACUCUACAAUGCCUUCCACCACGACUUUGGCCCGCUGCACAUUGGUCACCUGUACCGCUUCGCGCUGCAGUUUCACGAAAUCUUGGGAGCCAAGGAGAACAAGGACAGGCCGAUUGUGUUCUGGAGCAGGGCAGACCCGCGCAGCCGCGCCAAUGCCUCCUGCUUGCUCGCGUGCUACAUGGUUCUCAUCCAGUCAUGGCCUCCCCACCUGGCGUUGGCGCCUGUGGCCCAGGUCGACCCGCCGCUGAUGCCCUUCAGAGACGCCGGCUAUAGUCAGGCCGACUACGGCAUCACCGUGCAAGACAUUGUCUAUGGAGUUUGGAAAGCGAAGGAGGAGGGCUGCUGCGUCCUCGAGACGUUCGACCUCGACGAAUAUGAGCGCUUCGAGCGAGUUGAGCAGGGUGACUUCAACUGGAUCACGCCCCAUUUCCUCGCCUUUGCCUCGCCACAGAGCAACCCCUCCGCUCGCACCAUCGAGGGAACCGAGGCCUGGAAGGCGUUGCCGAAGACGCUGGCGGCAGUUGAUGCCCACCCCACACUUCCCCAGCCGUUCAAGAACGUCCUGGCCCAUUUCACCGAGAGGAACAUCGGACUCGUCGUGCGCCUAAACUCGGUUCUCUACGACUCCUCAUAUUUCGAGGCGCUCGGCAUCCAGCACCUUGACAUGAUUUUCGAGGACGGCACCUGCCCGCCCCUGUCCAUGGUGCGCAAAUUCAUCCGCAUGGCCCACGACAUGAUCACGGUGAAGAAGAAGGGGAUCGCAGUCCAUUGCAAGGCUGGGCUGGGCCGCACGGGUUGCUUGAUCGGCGCGUACCUCAUCUACCGCCACGGUUUUACGGCCAACGAGAUAAUUUCCUAUAUGCGCUUCAUGCGCCCCGGCAUGGUCGUUGGCCCUCAGCAGCAUUGGCUGCACCUCAACCAGGGGACCUUCCGCGAAUGGUGGGUCGAGGAGCGCCUCGAGCGCAAGCUUCGCAAGGAGGCAGCCCUCGCCGCCGCUGCCGCGCAGGCCAACGGCAGCCACCAGCCCAGCACCCCCGUCCGCGCCAUGCAGAAAGCGCACCUUGGCCGCAGCGCAAGCAAGAACGGGACGUCGACUCCCCCCAACCGGGGCGGUGUCCGGACGCCCCUUGGAGAGAUCGACCAAGAGCACGCUCGUGAUAACACCAUCGGCGUGCAGGACGACUACCUCCCUGCGCCUACACCAGGCCAGCCACGCAAAUCCCAGCGGGCCGGCGCUGACCGCCAUCAUCCUUAUGGCCGCAGCACGAAUGCGGUACCCACGGUCGAGGAAGAGGGUGCGAACCAGCAAAUCCAUACCGAAGUCACCUCGGCGCGCCGCUCACGCGCCAACGACUCCGAUGAGGAGUGGAAUUUGCGCAUGCGGUCGCACCGCAAGGCAUCCGCCUCACUCUCACCAGACCGACGGGAACGGUCCGUCAGCCACCAUACCACGAUGACGACAACAACCACCGUAUACGAGGCCAUUGACAACGACGCUUCGAACGAUAUCGAGAACCUCGGCAUGGCAGCUGCCAAGUCAAAGUCGUACGACCAGGUUCAGCGCGCCACUUCGGCGUCCGGUGUCCUGGCCAAGGUCCGCGGAGCAAGCAGCUCUCCCAAGCGUGCCGCUGCCAGCGGCGGGGUACGAGAGGCCGGUGUCCGCAAGACCAGCGGUCGCGUCGGUAGCAUCGGGAAUGUCUCGCCUAUCGCGGCCACAAGAAAGGUCAGCGGAGCACACUAA